AUGGCGUAUGAAAUAACCGAAAAGGAAGAUUCAGGAUCUGCGAUUGUGACUUUUCCUGUAUCCAAAGAUGCUGCUGAAGGAUUUGUAAACAAUAAACGAGAUAAUUUUAGAUUUAAAUUUAAUAAAAUAUUUGAUCAAAACGCCAAGCAGGAAGAAGUAUUUGAAUAUGUAGCCAAACCAGUCUUACAAAACGUUCUGUUAGGUUAUAAUGGAACUGUAUUUGCAUAUGGACAGACAGGAUCUGGCAAAACUUUUACGAUUACUGGAGGGGCUGAACGAUAUACUGAUCGAGGUCUCAUUCCGAGGACAAUAUCAUACCUAUUCCAAGAAUAUCAGAAGAAUGUCGACUCUGAAUAUACUACUCAUGUUAGUUACCUUGAAAUCUACAAUCAGUGCGGCUACGAUCUUUUAGAUCCGAGGCACAACGCUUCUAAACUGGAAGAUCUACCCAAAGUUAGCUUACUGGAGGAUAAUAAUAGCAAUAUCCAUUUAAAAAAUCUAUCCAUUCAUCAAGCCAAUAGCGAAGAAGAAGCUUUAAAUUUGUUAUUUUUGGGAGAUACGAAUCGAAUGAUUGCCGAGACGCCCAUGAAUCAGGCAUCAACUCGUUCCCACUGUAUAUUUACAAUUCAUAUGUCUAUUCGAGAAACUGGCUCGGAUACAAUUAGGCGAUCAAAAUUUCACCUAGUUGAUUUAGCAGGAUCCGAAAGAGUAGCAAAAUCUAACAUUGGAGGAACCAUUCUAACUGAAGCCAAGUACAUUAAUUUAUCCUUACAUUUUUUAGAACAGGUUAUUAUCUCGCUAUCUGAAAAAUCAAGAACUCAUAUCCCUUAUAGAAAUUCUAUGAUGACAUCAGUAUUGAGAGAUAGUCUUGGUGGAAACUGUAUGACAUCGAUGAUAGCAACUUGCUCGGUAGAAAAGAAGAAUUUAGACGAAACGAUUACUACGUGUCGAUUUGCGCAGAGAGUGGCAUUAAUUAAAAACGAAGCAUUAUUAAAUGAAGAAGUCGAUCCAAAAUUGAUGGUAGUUCGAUUAAAGAGCGAAAUUCAACGACUAAAGGAGGAAUUAGCUAUUGCUACGGGAAAUCAAUCAACCGAUCCACUAGUUGAGCAAGAGAUUGAUAGGUGCCGUGCUUUAGUGGACUCCUAUAUUGCCGACUCCGAUCCUGAAGCAAUAUUGAGUGUAGGAGGUGAUAUGCGAAAAAUUACUUUGUGCUAUAAAAUCUUUAAGGAUAAAGUUCUGCAAGGAGGCCCCUCCAAAAGUGGGGAUAACACCCAAGGAGAAAAUGAAGAUGAUGAAAUGCCAGUAAACUCCGCUCGAACAUCGAAGGAAGUUCAACGAUUGACUGAUUUAUUACAGCAACGUGAUAAUGAAAUUAACAUUCUUGUAACAAUGCUAAAGAAAGAGAAACAGCGAGCAGCGGUAGCUGUUGCUCAUUCUAAAACAAAAAUUGAAAGCGAUACAAGUCCACGAGAUAGUAGAAUAACGCAAUCGAAAUCUCUAGAUACAAAACAGUAUCACCACGAGGAGUCCCGUGCAAGCUAUCGAAAAGAGACUAAACAUGAAAGGUCGCCAUCGAACGAAAAGCAAGCGGAGCCAAGGCAUAACCGGAUAUACGGAGACAUGUCGAAAGGAAGACAAGAAGCAUUUGACAUUUUCCGUCGAGAUUACGCUAAUAACUCUGCUAUUGAUGACAAGAAACGAAUAUUGAAACAAAAAUAUGCCGAAGCUAAAGCUCAAGGAGAAGCAUUAAAUGAUUGUAAAAUGCAGAUAAACAACUGUAAGCAACAAAUUGAAAAAUAUAGAAUCGGAAAAGCCAUGAAAGGAUUGAAUGGUCGUGAGAUAAAUAGUGCAGAUUUGGAAGAUCAGGAGCAGUUUCUACGCGAUAAAUUACAGGCUGAAAAAUCGCGAUAUAAGGAUAUAUUUGGCCAUCUGAAGGUACUGAAAACCGAAAUUGAGCAUUUACAACAUCUAUUAGACAAAGCUAGAUUGAAAUUACAGCAAGAUUUCGAGGUGUGGUGGCAGAAACAGACACAAUCUCAAGGAAUUCAACAGGAACAGCCUGUGGAACCCCCUCCUAAAUCACGUUCUGUCUGGAGAACACCAACACCUAAUAAGCACGACUAUCAACCGAGAAGUAAGGAAGCAAGGAGCAACGAAAGAAAUGCCGGUUCUUCCAGAAAUUCACAGGAGUUUAUGGAUAGUUAUACGCACGGCUAUUCGCCAAAAAAUAAAGAAGUCAAGAGUCAUGAAAGAACUGCUAAUUCCUCAAGAAAUUUACAUGAAAUUCUAGAUAGUUAUACACGUUCAAGUGAGAUGACCAGGAAGCAAAUCCAGCAAAAAUCGAUUCCCAUGACCGGCGAUAAAGAGGCGGAUGCAGAUAUUUUAGCAUUUAUGAAAGCUAAGCAAGAUCUUGCACGUGCUAGAGGGUUAUUUGGUAAAUAA